AUGGAGGAAUGGACAGAGCCCUCCGUCGCCACCCUGCUGGAGAGAAUCCUCCCUGAGUACCCGGACUUCAAAAUGCUCACACCAGCCACCAAGCGACUUUUCUGGACGCUCAAUGGCCCUCUCGAGAGCGCAAUUCAGGUCACGCCAAACCACUAUUACGAGCCAGGGGACGUGAUGGAGCCCUACUUUCGCCCUAUAUCUGCCGAAGAAUCUGCGAGCGGUCUCGAGCCGAGCUGGCACCCUGUAUCGCAAGAGUCUCUCAUGGCGCCCCCCGUCACAACCGUCACCGUCCGAGUCGAGGCACUCGACUCAUGGGAAGAGCUCUGGGUCGAGUUGAAUCGCUACUGCGUUGCAGAUACCUUGACGGAUCCCAACCGGCCCCGGGCUAAAGACGUUCAGCUUGAGGUGACGACGGCGGGUACCUUUCUCACGAUACACGAGUACAUCUCUGUCGUGCACCCGUGGCUCAUGGGCAUGCGCGAGAGGAUUCUAGACGCCUUGGGAAAGCUCGAACGCCAGGCGGGGAAGGUUUUGUGGACGUCCGAAACCAGUUUGGCCGUCCAUUUGUUCGGUGGGCCGAUUAGAAUCGGGACUGAAGACGGGUGGGCUCAAUGGCACAGAAAGCCCAGCCCACCGCGAGCGGUCGAAAUGACCUUAGCUGAGGACCAGGAGGCCUCGCGACAAGUCAUGGAGAGAAUGAAGGCGAGAUCUGCGGCUCGAAUACGUGAGCUGGAAAGGCUCCGCCAAGAAGGGGGAAAUUGA